AUGGCUUCAAAUUGUUUUGUGGAAAAGUAUGACAACAUGUCGUCACCGGUGGCCACCCGUAGGGAUACCCCUCACGUCAACUCAGCCACGACAUCCACGUCGCUAUUAUGUGAUUCAGUGAUCGACCACCUGAUUGACUUGGAGGGGUACGACAAAAAGUUUGACCACUUAUUGCCCGAUAUUAUUGACAUAUCAACUGAUGGUGAACUGGGAGUAGGAGGUUCAAAGUUAGACAAAAUAUGUCAGGAAGUGGUCCAGAAGUUGAAUUGUGUGGGAAUGUGUGUUAUCGACAACUUCUUGGACGAUGUCGCCCCUCAUAUCCACAAUGAAGUCUACAAUCUGUACGAUUCGACAGACUUCACGUACGGAAUGCUGUAUAAUAACAAUACGAUUAGGAAUAUCAGGGGAGACCUCAUAUAUUGGAUAACCGGGAAUGAAGUGAAUUGCCCUCACGUUCACGAUCUCAUCAAAACAUUUGACUUAAUUGUAUUCAAAUGUAACAAAAUGAAUAACAAUGGACUGCUGGGUGUCUAUAACAUUACUAGUCGUACGCCAGCUAUGUUAGCGUGUUUUCCAGGCAAUGGAUCUCGUUUCAUGAAACACGCGGACAACUAUUCAGGUGACGGCCGAUGUAUUACUUGUAUAUAUUAUGUGAAUAAGGAGUGGCAGUAUUUGAGGGACGGGGGUUGUCUACGCGUAUACCCGACCCAAAUGCAAAUGAACGUCCCAUUCGUGGACGUGGAGCCGGUGUACGACCGACUGGUGCUGUUUUGGUCGGACCGACGCAAUCUGCACGAAGUAAUGCCGGCCAACAGAUUCCGGUUUGCGGUCACUGUUUGGUACUUCGAUGACGAGGAAAGGCGUCGAUACAAGACAUACCGAACCCUCACAUAAACGCUUACUUAACCAUAAACUCGAGAC